CGUGUCCAUUCCGCUGCGCUAUAUGGAUUAACGGUGCGGGAGAAGCGACCGGCGAGGAGGACUGAGGAUCAGCGGGACUGUACCGUUAACAUUUCGGUGUCAGUGACCGGAAGACAGCUCUACUGGCACGUUGCCUCGUCUUUAUUUUAUUUUAUUCUGUUUUUUCUCUUCUCUUUUCUGACUCCAGACUGCAGAGGAGACGCACAGAGUCGAGUUGACACAGGUUGAGCGACAUAGGCAGAGACUCGGAGACGGAGAGAGGGAGCCGGAGGGAGAGCUGGGAGCUCGCGACUGUCAAGUGAAUAUCCAAAAACCCGUUGUUCCAAAGCUUUAACGGUCUCCAACAAGCCAGGAAAGGUGCUAAUGUGGAUUUUUAGGAGUGUUUAACAAACUCUGCCCAACCUGAGGGAGAUUUUCACUGGAAUAAUUAGACUUUUCCGCCCUUUUUUGUGCCUUGGAUAUUUUUUUUUCUUGUAGUGGAAUUCUUCCUGUUUUACCUGCACGAGGACAGCGACCGGCGGGAAAGGAGUGCGGAGAGGAGGCAGUGCCGAGAAGAAGAAGGAGAAAAAGAGAAGAAAAGAAGCGGUUGAAGGGGAGGAGGGAGGGGGGGACCAUUUCAGCUUCUCUCGGAUGGGAUUCUUCCCUCAGCCCGCGGAUGGAGGGAUGAAACCGGGAGGAAAAGACGGGGAGAGAGAGAAAGAGAGAGGAGGGAGAAGAGGAGGAUGUAGUCGUCGGGCGCUGUGAGAAUGCAAAACGGACGCACCCCUCUGGAAGAAAGGAUUGAACUAUAAACCCAUACGGAAUUUACAGCCACCCAAAGGAUAUCACACCUAUUUACCUCGACACACACAUAUAUGGGGCAUAUUCUCUUCUCUGGAAGCUAUUUGUGUGGAGUUACAACUAUAAGCAGCACUAUCCUUUGAAUUAUGGGAUUUGGAAUUGCGCCCUGACACUCGGAGAACGAAGGAGCAGUCACAUCCGGAGAGAGUGAGUAAAAUCAGAAAGAAGAUUCUGGACCUUUACCCACAACCAUGAUGUUGUAGCCGUGGUAACAUGUGAAUCCUGAAGAGUGUCAUCCACUUUUACAUCCCUGAAGGUGUCGUGUCCAGGUGGGGUGAUAACCAUGGAGAGGCUGUUGUUGUGUGUAAUGCUGGCAGUUGCCAUGGCGGUGCGGGCACAGAUCUGCCCGAAGCGCUGUGUAUGUCAGAUCCUGUCACCCAACCUGGCGACCCUCUGCGCCAAGAAAGGUCUACUGUUUGUACCGCCCAACAUUGAUAGGCAUACAGUGGAGCUACGGCUGGCGGACAACUUUGUCACAAGUGUGAAGAGGAAAGAUUUUGCAAACAUGACACGGCUGGUCGACCUUACAUUAUCCAGGAACACCAUCUCCUACAUUACACCUCAUGCCUUUGCUGAUCUGGAAAACCUCAGAGCUCUACACCUCAACAGUAACCGCCUGACAAGGAUAGGCAAUGAUACAUUCAGCGGGAUGUCGAAGCUUCACCACCUGAUUCUGAACAACAACCAGCUGGUGCUGAUCCACCAGGGAGCAUUCAAUGACCUGCUGGCGCUGGAAGAAUUGGACCUCAGUUACAAUAACCUGGACUCUAUUCCUUGGGAGGCCAUCCAGAGAAUGACUAGCCUCCAUACGUUGAGUUUAGACCACAACAUGUUGGACUACAUUCCAGAGGGAACGUUUUCCCUGCUACAGAAACUCAACCGGCUGGAUGUCACCUCAAAUAAGCUCCAAAAGUUGCCACCGGACCCACUUUUUCAACGAGCACAGGUCCUGGCCACAUCAGGGAUCAUGACCUCCACCUCCUUUGCAUUGUCGUUCGGUGGGAACCCUCUUCACUGCAACUGUGAGUUACUGUGGCUGCGAAGGCUGAACAGGGAGGACGACCUGGAGACAUGUGCUUCACCCCAACACCUCUCUGGCCGAUACUUCUGGUCCAUCCCUGAGGAGGAGUUUCUCUGCGAACCUCCACUCAUCACCAGAUACUCCCAUGAGAUGAGGGUGCUUGAAGGACAGAGAGUCACACUCAGGUGUAAGGCAAGAGGUGACCCAGAGCCAGCCAUCCACUGGAUCUCUCCUGAGGGCAAACUGGUCUCUAACUCCUCCAGAACGUUGGUCUACAACAACGGGACACUGGACAUCCUUAUCAGUACGGUGAAAGACACUGGCUCCUUCACCUGCAUCUCCUCCAACCCUGCAGGCGAAGCCCACCAAACAGUAGACCUAGCGAUUAUAAAACUCCCCCACAUCUCCAACAACACCAACAACAUCCAGGAGCCUGACCCGGGAUCGUCCGACAUUUCCACGUCGACCCGAGGCGGAGCCAACGGGAGCAACGUGACGGGCGACGUGAAGGGCGGGGUGGAUAAAAGGGUGGUGACAGCUGAGGCCACGUCAUCCACAGCGCUGAUCAAGUUCAACUUCCAGAGGAAUAUUCCAGGCAUUAGGAUGUUCCAGAUACAGUACAACGGGAGCCAAGAUGACUCGCUGGUUUACAGAAUGAUCCCCCCAUCAAGCAAGAACUUCCUGGUCAACAACCUGGCAGCAGGGACCCAGUACGACCUCUGCGUGCUGGCCAUCUACGAUGAUGUCAUCACCUCCCUGACAGCAACACGUGUGGUCGGCUGUGUGCAAUUCACCACUGAGUCAGAGUACAUGAGGUGUCAUUUUAUGCAGUCUCAGUUCCUCGGCGGGACUAUGAUCAUCAUCAUUGGAGGGAUAAUAGUGGCUUCGGUGCUAGUUUUCAUCAUCAUCCUGAUGAUACGGUACAAGGUGUGUAACCCUGGUGAGGGGGGAAAAGGCGUUUCAUUGUCGAUGACCAACGUUCACUCACAGACCAACGGGCAGCAGUCACAGGGAUGCACUGUGACUCCCAGCUCCUCCAAACACGGCUCAAUCGGAUUAGACGACCUCUCAGGAGGCACAAAGAAAAGGAGCGGGGCAGGAGGAGGAGGAGGAGGAGGAGGGGGCAAGGAUACCAUGACUCAGUCGUCCGACUCAUCCCUGCCUGACUGCUCCACGGCUACGUCAGUUCUCAGCCAGCCCUGGGCAGCCAGGAGCCCAACAGCUGCGGCAGAGGAACAAGAGAAAGUGGGUGAAGAGAGAGCUCAAGCUGCCGUCUCCUCGCCCACCGGCACCAGCGGUUCACUAACCAAGCCAAAGCGGAAGCCCGCUCCGAGUAAGCCGGGCUCAGCUUGCUCCAACACCUCGGCUACUCCUGAAAACCUCCCCUCUUCCUCCCCUCGCCCUCCUUCCUCCUCCUUCUCCACCGCCUCCUCAGCCCUCCUCCCCUCCACCCCUCUGGAGAACCUCAACACCAACCGCAACAACUCCACCUCUCUCAACCAAACCCCGCCUCCCUUCAUCCACUCCGCUUUCUCCAGCCCUCUUGCUUCCCCGAGCCCCGUUCCCUCCAUCCGAUUUAGAGAGACGCCCAUCCUGCGCAGGGCUCCCCGGGCCUCUGCUUCUUCCUCCACCAAGUACCAGACUCUCCCCGCGGAGGAGGUGGGGAGGAGCAGGGCGAGGAGGAGGUACUCGCUCAGUGAAGGAGGCUCAAAGACUCACUCGUCCAAUCAGGGAGGAGGAGCACCCAAAAUAGGGCGCAUAUUGCGGAACAAAAGGAGCCAAUCAAUGAGCGGAAUGCUACUUCCGAAAGACGGGGAUGGAGACUCGGACAAAGGGCGGUGUGAUUCAGACUGGAUCUUAGAAAGUACAGUUUGAACUGGAACGAGACAGCAACCAUGAAAUAAACUUUGGUUUAUCCAUUAUUGUU